UAUAUAAGUCGAGUGGUACCACUCCGGAGGUGUUGUUGGUAAACAAGCAUCGAAGAAGUAGUACAUCCGAAGCGAAAAAUUUUAUUUUACUUUUUGUCUGUGAAUUAUUAGUAAUAAUAAGUUAAUUGUUAAAAAAAAAUAAAUCAAAAUGAAAAGUCUGGUGAUUUUUAUUGCACUCACGACCGUCGUAGUGGUUCAAAGUCAACAGUACACAACACCCAUUCCAAUCCUGAAACAAAUUAAUCGUCACAAUGAGGAUGGAUCAUAUAGCUAUGGUUAUGAGGCAGCCGAUGGUAGUUUCAAGAUCGAGACAAAGCAUCCAAAUGGGGAGGUUUUCGGCAAAUAUGGCUAUGUCGAUGGGACAGGAAAGCUGAGAGAAAUUUCUUAUGGAGCUAGCAAGAGAGGUUUUGAGCCAGAAGGUACUGACAUUAAUGUGCCACCGCCGACUCUGGACAAUAACCCUGAAGCUAUUCGUCCUUUGGGUCCAAAUGAAGAAGACGAUGGUCAAUAUCGUGAGGAUCCCAGUGUGUACUACAAGGAUGAGAAAUUCAACACACCAGUCCGUCAACAACCUGUUUCCCAGCAUGGUUUCAACUACCAAGCUGGUCCCAAUCAGUAUUAUUCUCAGAAUGCCGUCCAAGAUCAGACACCGGUUUACCAACAACAACCCCAACACAGAUUCAACAACUAUCAUCAACCACAGAAUUACUAUCAACCACAAACACAUGGCCGAUACCAAGCUCACCCUGCUGCAACGCAUUUUGACAUCAACACAGGAUCAUACACUCUUCAGUACACUGGAUAAAUUCGAUUAGAAGUCCUUCCACCUACAUUUCCCCCAUCCCUCUUAUGUAGUUCUUACUUUUAAAAGAAUGUACCAAAAGCCAAUUGCACUAUGUAUUUUGAUUUUGUACUUCAAUACUCAACCAUCUUCUUUUCCUCUUUUUUUCCUCUCUUCUUUAUAGAAUCAAAUGCAAGUGCCCUAAAAUCCUUAAAGUCAAAAUAGGAAAUAAAAGACUCUGUGUUAAGA